AAUCUACAGACUUAUGGACUUAAAUAUAAGGUUUACAAUUGUAUGGAUAAUGCCUGUUUCUGUUUCAUUCAUCACAUGAUAUCCCUAUCGUGCGCUCACUCACUCUGGCCGAUUCGAGACGAACCAAACGAAUAUUGCUGAUAUUCACGAAUCGGUACGUUAUGCCGAUGCGCAUCACAUCGAGCAAUAUCGUGUAUCGGCUGAUAUCGUUAUAUAGAUUUUGAUUCACGAAUCGGUACGAUAUGCCGAUGCGCAUCACAUCGAGCAAUAUCGUGUAUCGGCUGAUAUCGAUAUAUAGAUUUCGUGCGUGGCGAUAUCGGAUUCAACGAUAUUGCUGCGAUAUACAGAUAUUGAAUCUAUAUACGAUUUAUAUCACCCACUCCUAGUCAGUACACGACUGAGCCGUGUUCCUAUUCAGUCGACUCUACCGUAUGAUCUGCAAGUGACAAACUUCGCUACUUCGACAAAGUGGCGCGAUAAAUAAAUCCUCUGGCCACCGCUAAUUACUUAUUCGACCGCAACGGGGCAACACAAAGCCACUGUCUGUAAUAAAUCUAAUGAUAUUGGCCUAAAGGUCUAGAUACUAGGCCACAAACUCAAAAAAAAUAUCUAAUGACAGAAUUGACAGCUAAGAAAUUUGAUAACACAAAUUAAUUGUUAAUUUUUAAAGUUAAUUUAGACAAACGAUUUCUUUUUUUCUUGUGAACCUCUAGAAUAUAUACAUAUAUAAUUUGCAAUGAAGCUCGAAGAGGCGCAGAUGCAAAAGGAGUGGGAAGUUUCUAAGGAAUCAGUUGAAGAAGGGUCCAGCGCUUCAGAUGAAGCAUUAAGUGCACUGUUGGAAGAGGGCGAGGGAGCAGAACAAGAUGCAGAAAGACGCGUGCGUCAGUUGGGUUCUCGCCUCGCGCAGCUCGAUGCGUUGAACGUGGGAGGCAUGCUCGCCGCCGCCACCGAGAGCGGGGGCGCCGGCGCCGCGCUGGCACACCGGCUGGACGGCGGGCUGCGCGCCGGCGCCGCACUCGCACAGCGACUCGCGCGACUCGACCACCUCGCCCGCGCCGCGCCGCACGCCGCCCACGCGCGCUCCGGGGCCGCUCGCGCUGACGCCAACGCUCGUGCUUUGCUCGCCGAACUUGACGCGAUCUACUCGUGGCUGGAGCCGCCGGCUUUGCGCGACCUCGACGCGCUGCAAGAACCGACGCUGACCACGGCGGAGGGCAGGGCGGCGACCCUCAAGGCGGCCGCGGCCCUGCGCCACGCCCUCCGCGCCGAGCCCGCUCAGCCGCCGCACCGUCGCCGUCUCGCCGCCGUCAGGGAACGACUGCGCCGUCUCGCGCGAACCAAGGAUCAGAUGGCGGCGGCGCUGGCGAGACACUUGAACAACGCCCUGAUCCACCUCGGCAACGAGGCGGCGCACGACGCGCGCCCGCGCCGCCACCACGCCGAGCUGCUGCCCUACGCUCCCUUCAUGAAGUGGCUCAAGGACAUGGACGAGAAGGCUUACGACGGACUCCUCAAGGUGUACACGAGCACGUGGGCGCGCGUGCUGGAGCGGGAGGUGCGCGCGGCGGGGGAGGCGGCGCGGGGGGCGCUGCUGGCCGCGCCCGACCACGCCGUGGACCACAUCCUCGAUCAGGUUUUAAGCCUCGUAGAGACCCUGUGCAACGCGGAACAAGACUUCUGUACUCAAUUCUUUUUCUUGGACGUGGACGUUAAGAGUGAAGGAAGCGAUGGCGAAAGAAGCGAGGGCGGGGGCGAAGGCCGGGUGCGGCAGGGGGCAGAGUCUCGGCGGCUCAUGGCCGAACUGUUCCCCAGCGUCGAGCAGGAACUCGUGGCCCUCGUCGGGCACGUCGAGAGGCACGACGCGUACGGCGCCAUGCGCGCGCUGGCCUGCGUGGGGCGGCGCGUGCUGGGCGCGGAGGGCGGCGCGGCGGCGGAGGGCGGCGCGGCGGGCGGCGCGGCGGGCGGCGCGGCGGGCGAGGCGCGCUGGGCGAGGGCCGCCCUGGCCGCCGCCGCCGUGGCCGCCAAGCGCGGCGCCGACCGCGCCGUGGCCGACCGCCUGGCCGCCCUGCCCGACGCAGUGAAGCAGGCGGCGCGCCGGCCCAAGUGCGGCGUGCUGAGCUUCGUGAGCGAGCUGGAGGAGCUGAGCGGCGCUUGCGAGCAGAUCUUCGCGGGCAGCGGGCGGCGCGCCGACGUGGAGCGCUGGUACGUGAUGCUGGGCGGCGCCAUGGUGCGCGCCGUGGCGCUGGCGGAGCACCCGCGCACGCCGCGGCCGGUGCUGCAGCUGGAGAACUACCACCGGCUGCAGGCGGCGCUGGCGGCGCUGCGGCUGCCCGCGCUGGACGCGCUGCGCCGCGAGUGUCGGCAGCGCUACACGGAGGCGCUGCGCAGCUACGUCACGCAGUACUUCGGCCGCCCGCUGGAGAAGCUCACGCAGUUCUUCGAGGGCGUGGCGGAGGCGGUGGCGUCCGGCGUGCGCGAGGACGAGGUGUGCUACCGCGCCGCCUUCAGCAAGCACGAACUGCGCCGCGUGCUCGCCAUGUACCCGGCGCCCGAGGUGCGCAAGUCGCUGCACCGGCUGUACCGCACGGUGGAGAAGCACCUGAGCGAGGAGGGCGGGCUGCUGCAGGUGGUGUGGCGCGCCAUGCAGGAGGAGUUCAUCGCGCAGCACGUCGCUUUGCAGGCGCGCGUGGCCGCGUGCUACCCCGCCGCCGGGCUGGCGCUGCCGCUGUCCACGGACGACAUCCUCGACGCCUUCUCCGACAUCGCCCGCCAGCACUGAGCCCGGGCGGCACGCUCGCUCCCACGACGCCCACAAAAAGGAAGUUUUUUCUAUAAGAUCAAUGAUGUCAUCAGCUGUGACGGGUCGCGGCGCGCCUGCCCCGCGCCCCGCCCCGCCCCGCACCCCGCCCCGCGCCCCGCCGCGUUUUGUCUACAAAUUUCUGAAAAGUUCGAAUAGCGUUUCGUAAACCAAUCGUCAUGUACGGAAACUCAAAAAGUCCAAACGGGGUUGUUAUCGCUGUUUUUGGUAUAUCGUCUUCAAAAACAGGUAUUUGAUUAAAUGCUUUAACCAAGUCGAUGGUAGCAAAUACACGAUAGCCAGUCUUGGUUAUGGCGAAUCGAUGGUGCGAGCGAUAGAACAAAAAUAUAUAUAAAGAAAAAAAGCAUGUGUACAAUUCACACGUGGUAAAAGUGAUAUCGUAAAAAAGUUCGAAUUCAAGUUAAUGAGACGAAUGUAAAAUUUCGGGAUAAUUGUAGGUUUUAGUAAUGAUCAUAAUGUUACAAAGUUUGAUAAUUAUUUAAUAUUUUAUUCGUAUAUAUAGCAUAUAUUUAUUCAGAAUGUAUUAAGUACGAAGCAGAGCACAAAGAGAACCACGAAUAUAAGAAACACUGUAUUAUAA